UACCGUAACGAAAUCAAUCUUUAGACCAAAUCAAAAACAAAAUAAAUUUUUGUAGCCUAUAUAAAUGAAUCUUCUCGGCCGCCUCUCCUCAUCCUUUAAACCCUAAUUUACAAUUUCCACCAAUCGUUUUUCCUCUCUCUCUCUCCCUCAUCCUGUUCUCGAUUUCUCUGCUUUGUUUCAUUGGUUGAAGCUAGUCUGCUUUCUGUAGAGUUUCACAGCUGUGGUCUAAGUGAAACUUCUUUUAUGUCCGAACAAGCCAUCUUCUAUUUGGGAUCCAUUGGAUUGCUUGGAGAGUAUUGUCCUUGGUCAAGAAAAAAGAACCGUCAUUUCUCUGGUCAGGUUGACUGUAUGCAUCUCGAAUCAUUCAAAGAAGAACAGUUAGACUUUUCUGGUCGUUGGAAGGCACAACCGGCACUUAGCAAUUGUGCUGCUGUAGAGUUCUCUGAACAUUCCUAACACUUCAUCCAGGAAACUCUUACUUAAUCAAAGAUGGCUUUGCAGAACAUAGGUGCCAGCAACAGUGAUGAUGCCUUCUACAGGUAUAAGAUGCCCAGGAUGCUUACCAAGAUAGAGGGUCGUGGGAAUGGCAUCAAGACAAAUGUGGUGAACAUGGUUGAUAUUGCCAAAGCAUUAGCAAGGCCCCCAUCCUAUACAACAAAAUAUUUUGGAAAUGAGCUUGGGGCUCAGUCGAAAUUUGAUGAAAAAUCUGGAACUGCCCUUGUCAAUGGAGCUCAUGAAACUCCCAAACUUGCUGGUCUUCUUGAGAACUUUAUUAAGAAAUAUGUUCAGUGCUAUGGUUGUGGAAAUCCUGAAACAGAGGUCAUAAUAACCAAAACUCAGAUGAUCCAACUAAAAUGUGCUGCAUGUGGUUUCCUUUCUGAUGUGGACAUGAGGGACAAGCUGACAACUUUUAUACUUAAGAACCCGCCUGAGGCUAAGAAGGGCUCCAAGGACAAGAAAACUAUGAGAAGAGCUGAGAAGGAGCGGCUGAAGGAAGGCGAGGCUGCUGAUGAAGAGCUGAAGAAGCUGAAGAAAGAAACAAAGAAAAAGGUUUCCUCCAAAGAUGCUAGCGCAAAACCUAAUUCUAAAAAGAAACAUGGUGGCUCUGAUGAGGAUCAUGUUUCACCACCUAGAAGCCAUGUUAAUGUGAAAGAAGAAGAGGAAGAAGAUGAUGAUGAUGACGACGUCCAGUGGCAGACAGAUACUUCGCUGGAAGCUGCUCAGCAGCGUAUACAAGAACAGCUAAAUGCUGCGACUGCCGAAAUGGUUAUGCUGUCCACAGUUGAGUCUGAGAAGAAGUCCAAAGCAGCUACUCAAGCCCCAAGUCCUAAAGCAGCUGCUUCUGUGACACCUGAGAAUCCCAAGACCGAAAAUGGAGAGACAAACCAUGAGAGGCUUGUUAGGGAAGUAAAAACAAAUCUAAAGAAGGGAGUUAGCUCCAGCAAAAUACAAUCCUUUUUGGGUUCACUCUCUGGAUCUCCUCAGGAAGUUAUUAUUGCUUUUUAUGAAGCACUCUUGGAUGGCGUUGAGAAAGGAUUUGCCAAGGAGGUUAUUAAGAAGAAAAGUUACCUUGCUGCUGUUGCUCAAGACGAAGAGUCUCAACUCCGAUUACUUGGAGCUAUAGAAGAGUUUUCUGUGAAAUCCAACUCAGUUGCACUGAAGGAAGUGGCUCUGGUUUUGAAAGCUUUGUAUGAUGAUGAUCUGUUGGAAGAGGAAUAUAUAGUACAGUGGUACAAUAAGGGUGUUGCUGCGAACAAGGACUCCAAAAUUUGGAGGAAUGUCAAACCCUUUGUCGAAUGGCUGCAGAGUGCUGAGUCCGAGUCCGAAGAGGAAUGAGAUCAGAAGUGUUCCCCCCUGAUCAGAUUGCUGUCUUUAGCUGGUUUGAUUUGCCUGUGAUGCUGUCGUGUUGGACAUUCGCAUGUGUGUUAAUCUUGUGAUGUUUGUGUUUUCUGUUUAUGUAUGUUUUAUUUCAUGAUAUUUGUAUUGUCUGUUUGUCUGUGCUGCAAACUCAUGGGAGGCUCCUUUUCUCAGAGUCUCUGGCCUUCAUUUUAAUGUCUUUACGUUGAUAAAACUUCCCUUUAUAUGGCAUUA